UAUCUGAGAGGAGGGAGUGAAAGAGAAGCUGCAGCAGAAAGAAUUGGUGCAGGAUCAGAGGAGAAACUGUGAGGGGGGGAGACAGACAGAGGGGGCGAGGAGAGACCCCCAUCCUGCCAUAUCCAUCUGAGGACCCCCCCCACAAGUCAACGAAGCUCCCUCCCCCUUUAGAUAUGUCCAGCGAGAAAACAGGCCCUCCAGACUCUGGACCACACAGUUCUCCUCCUCCUUACAACCAGCCCGCUGGGGAAGGCCCAUGUAAUGGAGUCAUCCCUGGAUAUAAUGACCCCCCUCCUCAGCCAGCCACUGCAACCCUUCCUCGACAGGACCCUCAAGGAUACCUUCAGGAGACGCAAUUCACUGCCCCCCCACCAGCCCCCCAAGGGUAUGUGGUACAGACUCACCCUCCCGGAGGCACCAUACCAUCCGGGGGAUAUGUACCACAGAGUGCAGGAUAUCCCAUGCACCUGCAGCCCUGCACUGCUUAUGUACCUGUAUACCCCGUGGGGACGCAAUAUCAAGCAGGAGCAAUUCCACCCCAGCCUGGAAUGCCACCACCUCAGAUCCCACCUGGAUUGGCAUUACUAGAGCCACGGCAUCCACCUCAUGACUACCUGCCCAUUGCUGUCCUCACCACUAUCUGCUGUUUCUGGCCAACUGGAGUUAUUGCCAUAAUAAAGGCUGUGCAGGUCAGAACAGCCUUGGCUCGUGGGGACCUGAUGUCUGCAGAGAUAGCUUCCCGAGAGGCAAGGAACUUCUCAUUCAUCAGCCUGGCUGUGGGCAUUGCUGCAAUGGUCCUGUGCACCAUCCUAACAGUGGUUAUUAUUAUUGCAGCUCAGCACCAUGACAAUGAUUGGGGGCCAUAACUGAGUCCCCAGGGGCCAAAAGGAAGACACCUCCCUUUGCCUCCUACAUAUUUCUACUCUCUAUACAUUUUAGUUUAAGGCUUACUUUCAUUACCCAUCCUCCCUUAGCUUUAGUCUUCCUGUUAUUGUUCCUUAGUUCAACCAUCUCUUUAUUUUAUUAAUUUCCACUGUGCCAUUUCUCUUAUUCCUACUACUGAUUCUCAUUUAGAUAUUCUCUUUCAUUCUUUCCUCUACAUCACUAUCUGAUUAUCUUCUAAUUGUUAUAAAUAAUACAGGUGCCAAAUGGGGGUAAUAUGUAUGGGGUUGUAAUAGUAUUUGGGGGAAACUGUCUCAGCUCCACAAAGCUUGCAAAGGAUUGUGGGCUGAGGGCAUAAUUCAGGGAGACAGACAAAUUGAAUGAGAGAGUGUGAUGAUGGGCCGCUGUAAGCAAGAGAGUACAAGGAGCUGAUUCUCUGAGGCCAGAAGAUUUGGAGGCAUGGGCUAGUUACAGUGAUCCCCAACCAGUAGCUCGUGAGCAACAUGUUGCUCUUCAACCCCUUGGAUGUUGCUCCCAAUGGCUUUAAAGUAGGAGCCUAUUUUUGAAUUCCAGGCUUGGAGGCAACUUUUAAUUGCAUAAAAACCAGAUGCACUGCCAAACAGAGCCUCAUUAUAGGUUGACAAUCCACAUAGGGGCUACUAAAUGGCCAAUCACAGCCCUUAUUUGGGUCAACAGGAAAACUUUUCAUGCUUGUGUUGCUCCCCACCUCCUUUUACUUCUGAAUGUUGCCCACUGAUUCUAAAGGUUGGGGAUCCCUGGGCUAGUAGGUCAGGCACAUUGGGACAAUGUGAGAUAAGACAAAAGUACUAGGUACUUUUUUGAGAAAAAGAGACCCUAUGGAGAAGACAGUGUGUGUGCAUAAACAGAGUGUGUGUGUGUGUGUGUGCGUAACAGAACUGACAAGCUGAGAGAACCUUGGAAUGAAAAGAAGCUUGGACAGUGGAGCUAUUAAAGGUGAAGUUUGCCUUUAUGUUAACUUUUAGCAUGUAACAGAUGGGCCUCUUCUAAACAUCCACCUUCCCUGCAUUUUUCUAAAUUGCAACUGAAAAUCUUGUUGGGAGUCAUCCAAAAAAAACAAAAAAUGGAUUGAUUAUGAGGGUUCCAUUUUAAUGUUCUUUCUAUUUUUUAGCUUAUCUUUCAUUUCAGACCCUCUCCUAUUCAUCUUCCCUCCUGACUUCAAAACUGCCGCUUGGUUGCUAGAGCAAUCAGAUAGCAGUUGAAAUUAAAUAUUUAAAAAACAAAUAAUUGAAAUGACAAAGAAUUGCAAACUGUCUUAGAAGACUGCUGUCUCUAUCAUACUAAAAGUUAAUUACAAAGUGAACUUCCCCUUUAAGACUUACUUUGAGACAAAGCGCUGCUAUUGUGAAACAUGGUGUUUAGAAACAAAGAGGUGGUCCUUAUUUCUGUGACAAACAACUAUUUAUUGUUAUAACUAAUAGUCUCCUUAUUAACCACUAUUUAUUGGUUGGAAGGGUGCAUUGUGGGUAUUUAUUCGUUUGGAAUGAUAAUUUAGAUGCAUUAUCUAAAAUAAAAGAAUUAUAUUUAA